UUAUUUAACAACCCAAUUCGAUUUUUAGCAAGGUGUUGAUCGAUCGUUUGUGGACAAUCAAUGAUCUUCUUUGCCGUUUAAGAUUUCCUCUCUUCUUGACAAUGUCAGUGUAAUCUCAGGUUUGUGAUAAAUAACUCAGAUGCAAAGCACAAAAAAAUGUGCGCUGGAGUAGUCACAAAUAUCAAUAGGUUAGGCCUAGAUACAAUUUCGCCUAAACGCCAAGGCCCAUCUCGAUACCGAAAGACAAGUCAUCGGAUAUGGGCAGAGGAGAGGCUAUCGUCUUCGUUGCCUGAUGCGGGCGAAUUCAACUUCAGUGGACGUGAACCAUUGCCCGACACUUGUCAUCUUGUGUCAAGAUUAACGCUUGAACAAUGUUCAAGUAAUGAUAAAAAGAAGCGUUCUCGAGGUAGAUUAAUUUCCGUCGACACAUCUAAAGCAAAGUCGAAUGCUGAAAUUUUACGAAAAUGUUUUGACGACUUGGGCUGGCCAUGGAGAGAAUACCGAACUGGAAGGAAGAUAGGCUGUGAUCUGUACUGGAAUGCACUCAGUUUUAAUGAUAAUGAGGCUGUCCUCUCGGGGAAAGUCAACAAAUUUCCAGGUUUAAUAGGUCUGGUAAGGAAAUCACAACUUACAAAACUACUAUAUCAAAUGAAGCAACUUUUUCCAUUGGAAUUCAGCUUCUUCCCAACAUCAUGGCUCAUUCCGGAUGAACACCAAAAAUUUUACCACGAAGUGAUGAAGGAGAAAGAACAAAACCCAAACUAUAAACCAACGUUUAUUGUUAAACCGAGUGAAGGAAGUCAAGGGGAAGGAAUCUAUCUGAUCACAGAUCCAAAUUCGUUGUCAAUGCACGGUAAUGUCCGCCCAUCUAUAAUCCAGGAGUACAUUACACGGCCAUUGCUACUGGAAAAAACUAAAUUUGAUCUACGGGUUUAUGUCCUUCUUGCAUCUUUAAAUCCACUUAAUAUCUACAUCAGUCGAGAAGGAAUGGCACGGUUCUGUACCAUGCAUUACCAACAACCAACAGUUAAAAAUUUGAAUCAAGUUUACAUGCACCUAACGAAUUACUCGCUGAACAAACACAGUAAGGACUACGUUCAUACGGAUAAUCUCGACAGAGGCAGUAAACGGACUAUGAAAAGUGUGUUCAGGACUUUAGAAGCAAAUGGUGUGAACACAGACCAAUUAUGGGGUAAAAUUGAAGCAAUUGUAGUGAAGACAAUAACCUCCUUGCUUCCAGAUCUCAAAGUUUGUUACGAACUUGAAAUUCCUUCCAAGAGACCCGGCCCAUCUUGUUUUCAGAUUCUUGGCUUUGACAUCCUGAUAACGGAAGGCCUGGAGCCAAUUCUUUUAGAGGUUAAUGCCAAUCCAAGUCUUCGGUUAGACUACGAGUACGAGCCAUCUCCUGGCAUUGUAGAGUCUGUUCCAAGUCCCGUAGAUGAGGAGAUUAAGAUACCACUAGUUAUGGAUACAUUGAAGAUUGUUGUACCAUCUAAACGUUUAUCAUCUGCCAAACGAGCGCUUGUGUCCCGAAGUUGUGAACAUAUUCCGUCUGGACGCAGAAGAAGGGAAGAAGAGGAAGAGAUUCACUUUGACUGUUUAGAAGAAAUCUGGCCAAUGAAAUACUCUGAAAGAUACGAGCACCUGAGAUUGAUAGAGAAGGUUGCAGGGCUCUUCCAUUUAUUCCUAGGGGUGCGUGAAUCUCAACAUAUGGGAGCCACAGGGUUUAGGAACUUUUGUCGACGUGCCAAAGUGUGUGUUGGAAGUCUUACGAUGGCUGCUGUAGACAUAAUGUACAUUGACAUUGUACGCAGGUGGAAACAAGAGACACCCGCCGGCACAUCAUGCGGCAUGUGCUUUGGCGCCUUCCUGGAGGCUUUCUUCAUCUUAGCUCGCCGUCGCUUUCGAUUGGAAGAAACCCUCCUCGGCAAGGUGAAAUCCCUUGUGGAUUUCUGCGAGGUCAAUGUCCACCAAGGCCCUCUGUGGCCUCCCCAUAGGCCUAAGAAGGGUCAAAGUAAACGAUUAAAACGUCUUGUUGUGAAGGAAGAGAACCUGUAUAAGUGGCCGUACGCAGACAAUGAAAACAAUUGAAAAAAAAGUCAAGAACCAGGCCUCAUUGAUGCAAACAGCCAGUUCAAGAUCAUCAGUUAUAAAGUCAAUCAAGAAGCACAUCUCGAUGAUGUAAAUCGGUUUACAAGCUGCAUUAUAGCCAAUAAGAUAAUGGAACUCAUGAUUUUUACAAAUUCCAAGCAGAGUAUGAAUAUAAUUGACAAUCAAGGGUAAACAAAACGGUACAAAAUUCUCACCCUAAAUACAAAAACAAAGAUAGAAAUUAGACAUGUUUUUGCAUGACAUAUCAAACUGGUAGUUAUUAUUGUAAAUAAGCUGUAAAUCAUUUCAGAAAUCAUAUUAUUUAAUAUACAUAAAAUUGAAAUAGAUUACUAACCAAUGAGCAGAUGAUAUGAUAAUCAACUUUGCUAAAUACCAACCUCUGUAGAAUUAACUCAUUUGUUCAGUCAUGUCAUCAAGGUAUAAAUAUAAUUAUAAUAUAAGUUAUUUAUUACUACAUGAUUGUAUGCAACUUUCAGUAUAUUUCUAGCAUGACAUUAUAUAAAAUCUCUAUGAUUUUAAAAAAAGCCUAAUAUUACUAGUACUAAACAGACUAUGCCUCCUUACUUACUAUGAUACCAAAAAUAGAAUUUGUACAUGCAAAAAUUAGCAGCCUGUUAGUGGCGAUGAUUCGCUGUUGGUCUGUUGAAAUGAAAUAAAUAAAAAGUGAGUAUGACUAUAACAUUAAUAUUAACAUUGCCUUUGACAAAGAAAUUUAGUUUUAGUGUCUUGAAUAGCAAAAUUUUAAUAUGUUGGAUUAUGUUUAAUAUUACAAUUACAUUCUUAUACACAGUCUAUUGCUUUUUAAUUUGGUGCUGAUACCCUUAAAUAUAUUAUUAGACAAAUUUGUGAAAAUUGAAGAAUUGUGUAAUAUGUAUAUCUCUUGCCAAAUAUUGCUAAAAUUAAUAUAGAUUUUAAACACUUUACUUAACAAUUUUCCAUUUUUUCUUCCGUAAUAAGGUCCUUUUAUUAUAUAUUUAUUUUAUUUCAAUAUAAAUAAUAUAAUAUAAAACAAAUAUGCAAAAAAUAACAUAAUGGCUGAAGAAAAGUUUAUAUGAUAACAAUAUCUAUUUGGAAUGGAUAUUACAUAUAUGUGGUUUUUAGCUGUCUGAAUUUAGUUAAAAGGAAGCAGAUGUGCAGUUUUAUAAGAUAUUCAUAUUUUAUUUUAAUCAGUUGUUUUCCCUUUGCAAUAUUAUUCAUAGCAUUGCUAAACAAUAUUUCAAAAUGUUGCAACAGCUAUAAAUAUGUUCUUGACAUUUCUAUAUAGAAAUUUCAGAGGGCUAACUCAGAAACAUAUAAAGCAACGAUACACCAUAGUUUGGGCCUGCUCAAACUGAGUCAAUUUGUUAUUUGGUUGUUGUCUUUUAGAGGAAAGUAUGGGUUGCUGAAGAAAAGCCUACCCAAUUUUAAUAACAAAGUAUAUUCAAUUUUUAAAAUACAAACUAGUGAAAUACCUCGGAUUUAUAACAUAUGCUGUGAUAACGAAAACUCUAAGCUAGUGUUUUAACUUCCUUAAAUCUAAUAGUUCAGAACAAUAAUUAUGUUGCAUAGUAGGGCAUUAUAAAGACACUUCCAUGAAAUGUAUAUUAUCUGGGAAUGAAUAUUAGAUGAAAAAUAUAAAUAGAAAAAAAACAGUAGGAACAGAUAAUCAGAUGAAAACUUGUGUAGAAAUGAUUAAUAUAGCAUUAUACUGUAGAAUUCCUAACCGAUUAUCAUAUGAAUUAAAUAGAAUACAAUAUGAAGCAUAUACAUUAAGUACAGUAUAAUUAAUAAAUAUAGCAGUAGGCCUAAUUGUGAUGUUCAUAUUGAUUGGUACAUAGCUUUAGAUCCCAUUUUAAAUAUUGCGAGUAUUUACAUAAUUAAUGAUUCUUUGAAAAUAGUAAGAAGUUGAAGACCACAUACUUCUUUUUUUUUAAGUGCAUUGAGACUUGCUUACAUUGCUUAUAUAUUAAUACUAACAUUGCUCAUAGGAGCACAGUUUUCCAUAUGAAUUAAAUAAUCAAUUGCAAUUAUUAUAGUUAUACAAAGCAGUAUUAAUUAUGAUCAUCUUGAUACAAUACUUAUUAACAACUAGUAUUAUUGAAGACUACAUAUUUCUUUUUCUGCAUUGAGAUUUACAUUACUUAUAUAUUAACAGCAGUUUUCCAUGAAUUAAAUAAUCGAUUAAAAUAAUUAUAGAUAAUAUAUAGCAGUAUUAACAAUGAUUACCUUGGUAGAUACUUAUUGAACCCUCUUUAACUAUAUCAACUAGUAUAGUGUUUACAUUGAAAAAAUAAUAUAGUAAUUAAAAAAAAUAUGGUUCAUAUUUUUUUAGCUAUAGCUACUUUAAUACUUAUUGUUAUUGCCAUUUCUAUAUAAAUUCAAUAUUUAAAUAAUAAAAAAAAAGUUGGCCAAAUUAUACUCAUCACCUACAUUUUUCUCUGUUCAGGUAAUAAACUUACAAAUUGCUACUAUUACAUCAUUUACUUACAAUUUUAAAUUAGAACAUAAAAAAUUUCUUUUGCCAUACCAUACCUAAAUUCUUUGUAUUGGCGCGAAUCAAUGAUGAAUGAAUUUUCAUAGUGAAAAUCAAAGAAAAUGAAAUUGUUUAGAUGUUCUUUUUAUUGGCAGUUUCAGUGCUUGAAAAUUUAUAACUUAUUGGAUUCAUUUAAAUGCUUUUCUAUGUUAUGAUUGAAUUUACAGAGUUUCCUAGGUUUAGCGCAGGUCUUUAAUUGGUGACCUAUUUGAAAAUGCUCAGUCAAAAUAUCAGGCCAUAAUAUUCAACAUUUUAAUUGUUUAUGAUUAUUGUUAUCUUGGUAGUGAUAUGUAAUCAUGUAUACAAUAUUAGUAAAAAUGUGUUUGAUGUACCCAGUUUAACUUAAAAUUAGAUUAUCAACUAGGCCAGCAAAACUUUGUAAUGAAUGAUAACAUUCAAAAUAGAAUACAAUUCUUUUAAGGUAUAGUAUUAAUAAGAAUAUGAUCUAAUUUCAUAUUUUAUUAUUAGUUUUUUAAUUGUAAGUUUAUUUGUUGUGGAGUAGGCUGUCUUUCAUAUCUUAACACACAUCUUGUUUACUGUGUUUAUACCUUCAUCAAGAUAUGAUUACAGUAGGAUAAUCAAGGCAAUAUAUAUUACAUCAUUAACCUUAAGCUGGGCAGUCACGGCGCCCGACAGUCAUCGACCGACAUAAUUCUACACAACGUGUAACAUAUCGUUUUUAAUGAUCUGUUCAGGUUGACACUGAAAAUCAGCAGACAUUCGUAUGACUGUUGUUCGAUUCUCAGCUUUAUAAAUUAUCUGAAUGGAUCAACCAGUUGCAAUAAAUUAGUACUUAACUAUUUAACAGCAAAGUGUUAUGGAAUUGUUCGAUACAAAAUCAUACAAAACCAAAGUUAGUUACAUUCCUCCUAUUUUUACUAGGUUCAUGAUUUUGUUGGCUUUUUCUCCACAGUUAUCAUUACCAGUAUAUUACUUUUCUAUAAAAGUAGACCUUUUUGAAACUUGCUCCUCAGUAAUUAUUCAAUACCAAUAUCUUUUCUAUUUAUAUUAGGGAAUUAUAUAUUUUGAAGGCUUUAAAUGUGACUAAGUUAAGCCUUUGUUCCCACCUUGUUCCGCAGUCAUUCAUUAUUCAAUACCAAUAACUUAUAAUUAUAUUAAGGAACUAUUUGAUACAGUGGUGUAUUGAGGCUUUAAAGUAUAUAGGAUGCAAUCAGCAAAUGGACUAGCUCAUCUUGACUUUAUUUAUUUAAAUUUAAUUAAUAAAUAUUCAUAGAUAUAUAUAUUAUAUUAUGUAGCUAAGGCGAGACCUUUUUUAUACCUUGUUUUGCAAACUUAGUUUUUUAAAGAUCAUCAGAGAAUGGUGGGAAAAAUAUUAAAAAUAAAAUUCUUUUUUCUUAUGAGCAGAUUGUUUUACCAAUAACAUCCAGAUGGAGGACAAAAUAAAAUAAGUAUAGUAAUGGGAUGGUUAAAUGCUGUAAAUUUAUGUAAUUAAAAGGAAAUAAACAUAUCUUAUUUUUGGAGAUUUUAGUGCAGCGGAAGGUGUAAUUGAAAUAAAGAAAAACUUCUACUUUUUUCUGAAAUUCCCAUUUUUGGUGGAAGCAGGUACGCUAAUUGGCCAAAAAUAAAAUUUUUAUUUGAAAUUAUCAUUAUUGGUGAGCGGUGGGUUUGCUAAAUAAGGUAAAAAAAAAGUCUGGCCUAAUCAAUAUACUGUAUUAUGUAAACAAUAUAAUGUAAUAAAUGGUAGCUAUUUUAGAACAUAGAAAAGUGUAGAAUGCAACAUCAUAAUCAACCAUUAUUUUAAAUGAUUCUAGCCAACAUGAUUGUUUAUUUUUUUAUGUUAUUGAAUUGAUUAGUGUCAUUCUUUCAUUGAUGUAUAUAUAACUGUUUACAUAUUUAUAUUAUGUUGAAUGUUUAUUAAUUUCAAAGGUAACUAACACGACUUGCAAGAUUACAGUACUUAUAUUAUUUAAUAUAUAUUUUGUUGUUUUUUUGUUUUUUUUUUCAUUUUUCUUAAUAAGUAAAUUGGUACUCAAUACUCUGUAUAUUUUCUUCCAUCCAAGUAUUAAUUGACUUCAUAACCGCCAUUAUGUGUUCACAUAAUUAUUGUCAUCUUUGUUAUUAAAGAAUCAUAAUUUAUGUUUAGAGUUAAUUCUUUGUUAUUUAAACAUAAUCGGUGUAUAUAUUGGUUUCAUUAUAUUCUUCACUUAAUAAUAAUACAGUAAUAGUAAAUAUGGAUUUAUGUCAUAGUUAUCAUUAAUAUUGUUAACUUCAUCUAUUAUCAUCAUAUUGAUGUGUUUAUGCUGUCAUCAUCAUCAUUUUAUACUUUUGUCUUCCGAAAUAGUGCUCUAGAGAUGCCACCUUUUGCCAAAAUUUUAUGACCAAUACUCAUUAUCAUUCUCCUGCCACAAAUUAUGCCAGUUGAGUAACCAUAGCAUUUUCCAACUUCCCUGUAGCACAAAAAACACUAACACAGUUCAUAUAAAUUUGAAAUAUCUUUAGGCUACAAUUAUAUCAAAGGUUACAUUUUUAGAAUAGUAUACAGAAGAUAUGGUAGAUGAACUAAAAACAUUGUGGAAUAAAAACAUAUUAAAAGUGUA